ACAAAAGCCUCGCAGAGGCAAUAAAUCUCCUGGAACCUCGAAUUAUCAUCUCAAUUGGACGCUACGUUGAGGAUCGCGUAAAGGAGCUUUUCAAGCAGAACGCAAUAGACAGUUCAAUUGCCCACAAAUGCUUACCACAUCCGAGUCCCAGGAGUCUCAACAACACCAAUUGGGACGAGAAGGCACGAAAUUGGCUCAUCGAGAACGACAUCGAUCGCUUUCUCCGGAAGCGUCAGUAACACACUUUAUGGUGGAUGCUCUGGCGGAAGCAAAGGAGGCGCUAAAGAGAGGAGAAGUCCCCGUUGGAUGUCUCUUCAUUCGCAAUGGGACAAUUAUUGCUUCCGGUGGGAAUGAAGUGAAUGACACAAAAAAUGCAACAAGACACGCUGAAAUGAUCUGCAUCGAUAAAAUACUCCAAACGGCCAAAGAUGAAGACGAGGACUUCCGAAGUGUCUUCCCGGAAAUAUCAGUUGUCGUAACAGUGGAGCCCUGCAUCAUGUGCCUUUCAGCCCUGAAUCAGCUCAAAGUGCGUGAAAUCAUCUUUGGCUGCGUUAACGAUCGUUUUGGUGGCUCAACUGUUUUGGAUGUGACACAACUGCUUCCACCUGAAGAGAGAACCCCCUGCAAGGGUGGCGUACGUGCUGAUGAGGCCAUGGAGUUGCUGAAAACCUUCUACAGUGGUGAAAAUCCCUCAGCUCCUGUCCCAAAGACACGGAAAACGAAUAAAUUGUCGUCAAAAUGAAACAUCCCUUUUAUUU